UGUCGGCCCGGCAUCCCCGCUGAUCCCUUGCCAGACGAGGAGGUGAGGUCAACCCAAUUCGCCACCAAAGCGCGCACGUUUUACACGCUGACACGCCCCUGCCCCCCUGUAUAUUUCCAGAGGGGGCGGGGGAGAAAUCCGAGCCCGUAAUGUGAACGUCGUACCUUUUGGGGGGCGCGGGGGGCUUGCCGGCUCGGUUCCCUGCAAGCCCCUCCUGGAGUUGACCGUCCUAGUCAGUCUGGGCCGGGCCCGCGCGGAGCGACGACCUCGGAGUAGCCGAGGGAACUAGCCUGCGGCGCGGGGCUUCGGCCGGCUGUCUUCCCGGCCUCCCGCUCUCGUGACUGCAGCUCCGCAGAGGAACCUGGCCGCCUCCAGGAAGACCCUUGGAGACAUUCCGUUUGGGAUCUUUAUGCUGGGACAGGGACUUGAACGUCCGUCUGGGCCAGGUGCAGCGGGCACAAGCUAUGGACAAGACCAGGCGGGGUGUGAACUUAAAACUUCACCAAUAAUGGAGUUAGCACACAGUUUGCUGUUGAAUGAGGAUGCUUUGGCUCAAAUCACAGAAGCAAAGAGACCGGUUUUUAUCUUUGAAUGGCUGCGAUUUCUUGAUAAAGUCUUGGUUGCUGCCAACAAGACUGAUGUAAAGGAAAAACAGAAAAAACUUGUUGAACAAUUAACUGGAUUAAUAAGUAGUUCACCUGGACCACCCACCCGGAAAUUGUUAGCUAAGAAUCUCGCAGCCCUUUACAGCAUUGGGGAUACUUUCACUGUUUUUCAAACACUUGAUAAAUGUAAUGACAUUAUCAGAAGUAAAGAUGACACGGCUGCCUACUUACCAACAAAAUUGGCUGCUGUGGCUUGUGUGGGAGCAUUUUAUGAAAAAAUGGGGAGAAUGUUAGGCAGUGCUUUUCCAGAAACAGUAAAUAAUCUACUGAAAUCUCUGAAAAGCGCAGAGUCUCAAGGGCGGAGUGAAAUCUUAAUGAGCUUGCAGAAAGUUCUCAAUGGACUGGGUGGUGCUGCAGCUUCCUCUCAUCGUGAUAUUUACAAGAAUGCCAGGUCCCUCUUGACUGACCGGUCAAUGGCUGUUAGAUGUGCAGUUGCCAAGUGUCUACUAGAGCUGCAGAAUGAAGCUGUAUUCAUGUGGACUGCUGAACUGGAAAAUAUAGCCACUCUGUGCUUUAAGGCUUUAGAAAAUUCCAAUUAUGGAGUCCGAGUGGCGGUGUCUAAACUCUUAGGAACAGUUAUGGCAACAGCAUUGAUGCCAAAGCAGGCAACAGUAAUGCGCCAGAACGUGAAGCGAGCAACAUUAGAUGAAGUCUUAGAACUCAUGGCCACAGGAUUCCUGCGUGGAGGGUCAGGUUUCUUAAAGAGUGGUGGAGAAAUGUUGAAAGUUGGAGGGUCAGUUAAUCGUGAAGUGAGAGUUGGAGUUACACAGGCUUAUGUUGUCUUUGUAACAACAUUAGGUGGUCAGUGGUUGGAGCGUAGCUUUGCUACAUUCUUGUCCCAUGUACUUGAUCUUGUUUCUCAUCCUCGGGCAACACAAACACAUGUAGAGGCUGUGUACUCAAGACGAUGUGUGUCUUUUAUCUUAAGAGCCACUGUGGGCAGUUUAUUAGGCGAAAAAGCCCAGAUAGCAGCUGCCAAAGAAAUUUGCCAAGCUAUUGGAAAACAAAUGAAUGCAGUAGAAGCAGUCGUGAAUGAUACGAGCAACGAAAACAAAUCUGGGGCAGCCGAUAUUGCAGCCAGCCAGCACGUGAUGGUCUGUGCCCUGCAAGAACUGGGGAGUCUGGUACAGAGCCUGAAUGCCACUGCGUCCCCUCUUAUUCAGGAAACUUCUAUAGGACUUUUGGAGACCGUGACUUCAGUGCUGCUUCAUCCAAGUAUGGCAGCUCGGCUCGCCGCCGCCUGGUGUUUGCGCUGUGUGGCUGUGGCCUUGCCUUUCCAGCUGACACCAUUUCUAGACAGGUGUGCAGAGCGGCUCAACAACUUGAAGACCUCACCUGAGGCUGUCAGUGGCUACAGUUUUGCAAUGGCUGCUCUGUUAGGUGGAGUUCAUCAGUGCCCGUUGGGCAUUCCUCAUGCCAAAGGAAAGAUGGUAGUAAGUAUUGCUGAAGACCUCUUACGGACUGCUGCCCAAAACAGCCGGCUAUCUUUACAGCGCACCCAGGCGGGGUGGCUUCUACUCGGAGCGCUGAUGACUUUAGGGCCAUCGGUGGUUCGUUACCAUCUACCCAAGAUGUUGUUACUGUGGCGGAAUGUUUUCCCUCGUUCUUUAAAGGAGCUGGAGGCUGAGAAAGCCAGAGGAGAUUCUUUUACCUGGCAGGUGACGUUGGAAGGCCGUGCUGGAGCUUUAUGUGGUGAGAGUCAAAGGAUUGCACUUUCAGAAUAUUGUAUUCCAUCUGUAAUUAAAGCCCAUGGAGCGCAUUUGAAAGCCAGUGCUGCAAUGGUUCGUUUAAGACUUUAUGAUAUCUUGGCUUUGUUACCUCCAAAAACUUAUGAAGGAUCUUUCAAUGCACUUCUUAGGGAGCUGGUAGCAGAAUUCACUUUGACUGACAACUCUGCCAACACGACUACAUCCCUGCUCAGAUCCCUCUGCCACUACGACGAUAGUGUUCUGCUUGGCUCCUGGCUUCAAGAAACUGAUCAUAAAUCGAUUGAAGACCAGCUCCAGCCAAACAGUGCAUCUGGAAGUGGGGCGCUGGAGCACGACCCAUCCUCCAUUUACUUACGAAUACCCGCUGGAGAAGCCGUCCCUGGUCCGCUCCCUCUCGGUGUCUCCGUCAUCGAUGCCUCUGUGGCUCUUUUUGGUGUAGUAUUUCCUCAUGUUUCUUAUAAACAUCGAUUGCAAAUGUUGGAUCACUUUGCUGAAUGUGUUAAGCAAGCCAAAGGUGUCCGCCAACAGGCUGUGCAGCUUAACAUCUUUACUGCUGUCUUGAGUGCACUAAAGGGCUUAGCUGAAAACAAGAGUACGUUAGGACCUGAGGAGGUUCGCAAAUCUGCUCUCACCCUGGUGAUGGGUGCCCUAGACAACCCAAACCCCAUCUUACGAUGUGCAGCAGGAGAAGCGCUGGGAAGAAUGGCUCAGGUGGUUGGAGAAGCAACUUUCAUUGCUAGAAUGGCACAAUUUAGCUUUGACAAGUUGAAAUCAGCUCGAGACGUUGUCUCUAGAACUGGUCAUUCCUUGGCUCUUGGUUGUCUGCAUCGAUACGUUGGGGGUAUCGGCUCAGGACAACACCUGAAGACAAGUGUCAGCAUUUUGUUGGCUCUAGCACAAGAUGGGACAUCCCCUGAAGUCCAGACCUGGUCUCUUCAUUCACUUGCAUUGAUAGUGGAUUCUAGUGGCCCAAUGUAUCGGGGUUAUGUGGAACCAACGUUAUCUCUAGUUCUGACCUUGUUGUUGACAGUUCCACCUUCACACACAGAAGUUCAUCAGUGUUUGGGUAGAUGCUUGGGUGCAAUAAUAACUACUGUUGGCCCUGAAUUGCAAGGAAACGGAGCGAUAAUUUCUACCAUCCGGUCCUCUUGUUUGGUGGGUUGUGCGAUAACCCAGGACCAUUCAGACUCUCUGGUUCAGGCCGCGGCCAUCUCCUGCCUGCAGCAGCUUCACAUGUUCGCGCCAAGACAUGUCAAUCUAUCUAGUCUCGUUCCCAGCCUCUGUGUUCACUUAUGUAGUUCCCACUUGUUACUUCGACGGGCCGCUGUAGCAUGUCUCCGGCAACUUGCACAAAGAGAGGCCGCAGAAGUAUGUGAAUAUGCCAUGAGCCUAGCUAAAAAUGCUGGGGACAAAGAGAGCAGUGGUGCCAAUGUCAGUCCUUUCGCACCGGGGGUUGGUUCUCGAAGUGAUAUCCAUUACCGACACCGAGGUGUUAGUAUAACAGAAACGGGUCUUGAAGGACUUCUGUUUGGAAUGCUGGACCGAGAGACGGACAGAAAGCUAUGUUCUGAUGUUCAUGACACUCUGGGCCAUAUGCUGUCAUCGCUGGCAGUAGAAAAGCUGUCCCAUUGGCUAAUGCUUUGUAAAGAUGUUCUGGCAGCUUCUAGUGACAUGAGUGCCGCAGCCCUCCUAAGCAGUGGGAAAGAUGACGAGUCCGAGAAGAAGGAUGAGAUGGAUGAUGACACCAUGUUCACCUCGCUGGGCGAGGACGACAAAUCAAAGCCCUUUGUGGCGCCCCGCUGGGCCACGCGGGUGUUUGCUGCUGACUGCCUGUGCCGGAUCUUCAGUUUGUGUGAGAAUGCAGACCAGGCUCACUUCGACCUCGCCAUGGCACGCUCCGCAAAACUGCGAAACCCCACAAAUGACCUGUUGGUACUUCACCUCUCGGACCUGAUUCGGAUGGCAUUCAUGGCUGCCACUGAUCACAGCAACCAGCUGCGGAUGGCUGGUCUCCAGGCGCUGGAAGAUGUUAUCAAGAAAUUUGCCUCUGUGCCUGAGCCAGAAUUUCCCGGGCACGUGAUUCUGGAGCAGUAUCAAGCUAACGUGGGAGCUGCUCUAAGACCAGCUUUUUCACAAGAUACUCCAUCAGACAUAAUAGCAAAAGCUUGCCAGGUGUAUGUGGUUGCUAUGAAUAUUAAAAAGGAAGCUGAGUCAAAACCAAAAAAAGCUGCUAAAAAUACUGAUGAGGAUGAGGAUGACUAUGGUACCAUUGAUGAACUGCCACCAGAUAGUUUAAUAACACUUGUACAACCUGAGCUGCCAACCCUCAGCCGCCUGUGGUUGGCAGCAUUAAAAGAUUAUGCGCUUUUGACGCUACCAGCUGAAUUUGCUAGUCAACUCCCCCCAGAUGGAGGAGCAUUUUAUACUCCUGAGACUAUUGACACUGCUCGACUUCACUACCGGAAUUCCUGGGCUCCAAUUCUCCAUGCAGUGGCACUUUGGUUAAAUAGCACCGGAUUUACAUGCUCAGAGACAACAGAAGCAGCAGCAAUAUCUGCUUCACAAAAACGGUCCACACCUGUCAUUGUAAACCAGGCAUCUGUAGCAAUGCCUAGUGCAAAGUCUUUGCCAGAAAUUAACAAAGACAGGAUGCAUCUGAUUUUAGGUGUGAGUAUACAGUUUCUGUGUUCCCCAAGACCCGAGGAGCCAAUUGAACAUGUUACAGCCUGUUUACAGGCCUUGCACACCUUAUUAGACUCCCCUUAUGCUCGAAUCCAUAUUGCAGAAGACCAGCUGAUUGGCGUUGAGUUGCUGAGUGUCCUGCAUCGCCUGCUGUUGACCUGGAACCCACCAUGCAUCCAGCUGCUGGUUACUGGAGUCGUACAACAGAUAGUACGAGCAGCUCAGGAUUAUUUGCAAGAUAAAAGAAACACGCUAAAUGAAGAUGAUACGGAAAAAGAGACCUGUCCUGUAUUAGGGGAAGGAGGUGACACCGGUGGCCUUGUUCCUGGAAAAUCCCUUGUCUUUGCCACUAUGGAGCUGCUGAUGUUUAUUUUAGUGCGGCACAUGCCUCACCUCAGCGCCAAGAUGUCCGACUCUCCUGGUCACGCGGUCACCAGAGCGCGACUCUCAGACGAAAGUGCUCGUCUGGUGGCAGCCACCGUCACCAUCCUCUCUGACCUGCCUUCCCUUUGUUCUCCUGCUGGGUGUAUGACAAUCCUGCCCACGAUUCUGUUUUUAAUUGCAAGAAUACUGAAAGAUACCGCCAUAAAAUCUGCAGAUAAUCAGGUUCCUCCACCAGUCAGUGCAGCUCUUCAAGGAAUUAAAAGUAUUGUGACACUUCCAAUGGCCAAAAAUGAAGAAACUCAAAAGCAAUGGACAGCUCUAAUUCGGAGCACUCUUGCCUGCAUACUAGAAUAUUCUCAACCAGAAGAUUCUGUGCCUGAUGAAGUAAGCAUGCUAACAGCAAUUACACUCUUCCUGUGGUCUGCUAGUAGUGAAAUAAUAGGAGUCCAGUCUUUACAGAAUGGCUGCUUGAACAGAUUCAAAACAGCAUUAAAUUCAUGUGACCCAUGGGUUCAAGCUAAAUGUUACCAGCUUCUCCUCUCAGUCUUCCAGCAUUCCAAUCGUGCCCUUUCAACUCCCUAUAUCCACUCAUUAGCUCCAAUCGUGGUUGAAAAGCUAAAAGCUGUUGAAAGAAGCAAACCGACCAGUAGCACUGAACUUGUGGCUGUGCAGGAAGGGAUCAAGGUUCUUGAGACAUUGGUUGCUCUUGGCGAAGAACCGAACAGAGUUCAGUUACUUGCUCUUUUGGUUCCAACAUUGAUCUCAUACCUGCUGGAUGAAAAUUCUUUUGCCUCAGCAAGUGCGGCUUCCAAAGAUCUCCAUGAGUUUGCCCUCCAGAACUUAAUGCAUAUUGGGCCUCUGUAUCCACACGCUUUCAAGACAGUGAUGGGAGCUGCUCCCGAGUUGAAAGUACGCCUGGAAACUGCGGUUCGAGCAAGCCAAGCCAGCAAGGCAAAAGCCGCUGCCCGGCAGCCAGUCCCUGCCACACACUCUGCUCCCACCAUUAAGCUGAAAACAAGUUUUUUUUAAUGUUCUCUCCCAUUCAGUUUCUUUUCAUUGUUAGCUAGUAGCUAGUUAGUGAUAGCCACUGUAGCAGUCCUUGCUUUGGAUCUAUUUUUUUGAUAUUUUGCUGAUACAAUGCUAAGUGAAAUAAUGCUCAGACACUACUAACUGAUUUUGAAGAGUAAUGAUUUGUUUUCAUUUUUCUUCUAAUGAGGUUUCUCUUUUAUUCAUUAAUUUAUUUGGUAGGCAUUGAGCCAUAGGAAAAUAUAAUCAUAUCAUUGAACAAUGUGCUGAUAUUGUCAGGAAAACAUAGGUCAAAAUUCAACAACUGUCAGGCAAAUUUUUUCUUUGGAAAACAAGCAGAAGGUAAAUUUAGAAGUUACCAAGAGAACAACAAGUGUCUGUUUUGUGUUGUAUAUAAUAUGAAAGAAGUCACGACAUUUUCUUAAAUGUGCAUACCUUUCUGAUGGAUCUUUUUACUGUCAUAUUAAAUUGAUAAAUUAUUCUGGUGUACAGUUUAGUUGUUAAUUGAGUUGAAACUCUCAUUUAAAGUUCCAUUAAAGUGUUUCAAAGUGUUUCAAAA